AGGCGGAGCGCGCUCGGCUACAGGGGCGGGUCAUGGAUGGUGCAAUCCAGUGCCGCAGGGCGUCAGCCGGAGAUUAGCUCAGGUUUACAUCAGCCAGGCGAGGAUGGGAGCCCGUGUCCCCGUGCCGCACCACUUUAGCAGCGGAAGCCACCACUGCUGAAUACUCGGAGGCUGAGGUCUGGCGGAGAUCCGCUGGGUGAAGUGAGCUGCGGUGCACGUGCGCAGGCGGCUCUGAGAGCCGUGAGGAACCCUAGGUCAAGAUGCGAGCCACCCCUCUGGCUGCUUCUACUGGUGUCCCUCGCCAGAAGAAACCGUUGGAGUUCAAUGACAACAUUGACGCCGAAUGUACAGUCCUAAAACGAGUGAGAGGACCCGAGCCUGGGCCACCCCCCUGCCUGCUAUCCCUGAGUCCACCUCCUGCCUCAGAGUUGUCACCGGCUGUGGCCCCUGCAACCCGGCUGGGACCUUAUGUCCUCUUGGAACAAGAGCAAGGCAGCCGCACUUACCGGGCCCUGCAUUGUCCCACAGGCACAGAGUACACCUGCAAGGUGUACCCGGCCUGUGAGGCCCAGGAGGUGCUGGCACCCUAUGAACAGCUGCCUACCCAUCAGCAUGUGGCCCGUCCUGCAGACAUCCUGCUGGGCUCUCAGUUCCUCUACAUCUUCUUCUCGAAGACCCAUGGAGACUUGCACAGUCUGGUGCGCAGCCGCCGUGGUAUCCCUGAGCCUGAGGCUAUUGUGCUUUUCCGGCAGAUGGCUGCUAUGGUGGCACACUGCCACCAACAUGGGCUUGUCUUGCGUGACCUCAAACUGCGUCGCUUUGUCUUCAGCAAUUGUGAGAGGACAAAGCUGGUGCUGGAGAACCUGGAGGAUGCUUGUGUGAUGACUGGACCAGAUGACUCUCUGUGGGACAAGCAUGCAUGCCCUGCCUACGUGGGGCCAGAGAUACUCAGUUCCAAGCCCUCCUACUCUGGCAAAGCAGCUGAUGUCUGGAGCCUGGGUGUGGCACUGUUCACUAUGCUGGCUGGUCACUACCCAUUCCAGGACUCUGAGCCAGCUUUGCUCUUUGGCAAGAUCCGUAGAGGGACCUUUGCCCUGCCUGAAGGUCUAUCAGCCCCAGCCCGAUGCCUGAUCCGCUGUCUCCUUCGCAAGGAACCUUCACAGCGUCUAGUGGCCCCAGGCAUCCUUCUGCAUCCGUGGUUGAAGGAGGACCACAUCCUUGUCACCCCUCUACAGUCAGGCUGCCGGGAGACUGACCAGGUGGUCCCAGAUGGACCAGGAUUGGAGGAGACUGAGGAAGGGGACAUGGGACUGUAUGGCUAGGGCCACCCUACUGGCCCCUCAGUUGCAAGCUGUGAAUCGAGUACCUGCCUCCAAGCUUUCUCCUGUCUCUUUGGGCCAAGCUAACCCUUAAGUGCCUUUCAGGAGGAAGAAACAGCCACUGUGCCUCAUGCAUUCCAUGCUCUCUUACAGGCAUUUUGGGGUGAUGCUCCCUUAGUGCCAAGCCCUGUUAUAGGUGCUAUGAACAGCAAAGAGCUGGGGUGGAGUAGAGGAUACCUUGCUGGCUGAGUUGCCACAGUGUCAUAUACUCCCAGGCCAGCAUCUGCCCUGGCCACAUUUCAUACCAGGGUUGGCCUUCUCUGGGCUGGGACUAGGCUUCUGUUCACAGGACAGUCCCCAUCAUUGGUGCCCCAGAUGCCUUGUAUCUUGCACUUUAAACAAAGGGAGCAUCUUUUGUGCCAAAGACCAAAGGCCUCACUCACCCUGUGCCUCAGGACCACAAGUCAGGCCAGGCUGGAAUCCUGCUACCAGGAUCUGCCCCCUAGGCAGGAAAGCCUGCUUGAAGGCUUGGCCCAAGAUUCAAGCCAAAAGGAUGAGACUCCAUCAAAGAAGCAAGCAUCCACCUCCAGCGUCGUGGCCUCUAACUGGAGCCCCACGGUUGGAGAGGAAAGGACAAGAUAGGGACGGACUACUGCCAGAGAAAGUCUCAGACCCUGUCCUGGGGACUCGGUACCCAGGCCCACUGUCAGUAUGUGGUUUUGUUGAGUUGAUAGGUAUUUUCACUAUGUGCCUAAUAAAAGAGAACUGUGAAU